AUGCGCGUCCUUAUUAGCGGAGCAGGCAUCGCCGGUCCAACGCUGGCUUGGUUUCUGGCCAGAACCGGUGCGCGUGUCACAGUUGUUGAGAAGUGCAAGUCGAUUCCUACCUACGGCCAUAACGUCGACGUCAACCACAGCGCUAUCACUGUCUUGAAGAAGAUGGGCCUCAUUGAUCAACUUCGGCGCUUCAACACAACAGAAAAAGGAACACAAUUCAUCGAUCCGAAGGGGCGGCCCUUUGCUCCUUUUCCUGUCAAGCAAGGCUCUUCCGCAAGCCCUACCUCAGAAUUUGAGAUCCUGCGAGGGGAUUUAGCUGCAGUGUUGUACGAAGCCACGAAGACCCAUCCAAACAUCGAGUACCUCUUCGGCACUACCGCCAGCAAAGUCAUAUCCAACGACGACACCAAUAUCAAAGUCGAGCUAAGCAACGGAGAAGUACAAGAGUACGACUUGUUGGUCGCAGCAGAUGGCCAGUGGUCAAAGGUGCGAAAGCAAGUCUUUCCCAAGGAAAGCAUCACCGUCAUCGACAAGAACAUGUACGUCGCCUACGCCGCUAUUCCCCGCCUCCCCGAGGACAACGACUGGUGGAAUAUCUACCAGGCCCUGGGAUCGAGGAUCAUCACCACUAGGCCCGACCCGCACGGCACCAUACGGGCCAUGGUCACGCACAUGCCCUGCGACGGCACGCAGAAGACGGCAUGGCAGGAGGCCGCACGAGGCGACAAGAAGCUCCAAAUGGAGCUCGUGAGGCGGGAGUUCCUAGACGCCGGGUGGCAAACGCCCCGGAUCAUGGACGCCAUGGCGCAGGCGGAAGAUUACUACUUCCAGGACCUGAAGCAGAUCAAGAUGAAGAAGUGGUCCAGCUCCCGUGUCAUCUGCCUGGGAGAUGCGGCCUUUGCACCGACGCCCCUCUCGGGCAUGGGAACUACACUGGCCAUCAUCGGAGGUUACAUGCUUGCGGGCGAGCUCACCAAACUCACACCCGGAGACCAACCUUCCAGGGCAUUCGAAGCUUACGAGGCUGCGUUUCGCCCCUACGUCGAGGAGACUCAGAGCGUUCCGUGGUUCUUCCCAGGAGUCGCGCAUCCGGUCACGGCAUGGCAGAGGUGGUUGCUAGGAACGGUUGUGUCGACGAUGUCCAGAGUUGUUGCGAUGCCUUGGGUGGCUAAGAGAUUCUUUGAUGAUACGAACAAUGACGAUUCGGAGUUUCCACUGCCAGCAUAUCCUCUUCUAGACGAUGAAAAGCUAAAAUGA